GAAAUUAAUCUAUUGGGUCAUCUAUAUCAUGUUUAUCUACCUUACUUGGGAAUAUGUGUUGUUUUUUUAAGACGGCAUUUAUAAAUUUGGCAACAAGCAGCUUCGUAUUCAGCAAUAGUGGAAUAAGCACACACAAAAAAUCAGAUUCUGCAGAUUUUUUUUAUUUCUCACUGCUUGCCGCCUGCUAAUUGCCAGCACCAACCAUACUUUCUGUACCGGUAUACGGUAUAUGUCUCCCUCUCAUGUCGGCCUUCACGCGGAAAUAAACUUCGACUCAAGUUCGACCCGAUCGACAGCGUUGAUUUGUUGAGAGUUAAGGAGGAUAAUUGAAUCUAACAAGGCAAAGAACUUUGAGUGAGGAAACAUGGAGUUGAGUAUUGCUGUAUCAGAUUUCAUUCUAUGUUUUUCUUCGUUUGGGACAGCUGUGUCCAUUCUUCCCAUCACCACAUUUGGAGCAUUUGGUUUCUUGAUCAUGUCUGUAGCAGCAGGUUUUGGAUCUGCACGCUACUCUAUGUCCUCCCCCAGUGAGCAUAUAGUCUCCUGCCAUGCAUCCAUGAGCUGGCUAGCAGGAACUUUAGGACUUGCUCUGAUGGCCGGAGGAUUCUACCGUAAAUAUGGCUCUCGUAUCCUAGCAGCACUGCAUGUUGGUGUACCCACCAUGUAUGCUAUCCUCAAAUUUGUAAUCACAUUCGACGCUGUGGUAGAUACUGCCCUCACAACAUUCAUUAGCUCAUCAGCUGUCCUCUCAAUUGGAAUCUAUAGCCUUAUACAGAAGAAUCCGUUUGGAAUGAUGGGAGCAUUUUGUUACAUGAUGGCUGCUGCUGUAGGAACUAAUGGAGAACUCUUUGGUAUUAAACGAGUGGAUUGGUUUCACUAUCUACUGGCGUUUGGCGGUGUGGUGUUGAUGAGAGCUUUCCACUUUGAACUUCCUGUAGAGAAAGAGAAAACAUCAUGAGAAUUGUCAAUCAUUCCCAGCUUGUACUGAUUCCAGUUGUAUUCCACUUUUGUAUUACUUAUUUCCAUUUUAUAUAAAGACAUUAUGUAUGCCUGAGUCAGUCAUGCUGGAACACCGGAAUGUGUUCCAUCGAUUGGAUUCCUGUACUAUUUUCCCAUUCCGGUGUUCCGACAAAUCGAGUGACAGCAGCACAUUUCGGUGCUAUUGAAUUCUAUGACAGAUUAAAAUUGUAUUCUUUUCACUUUUCACAAUUCUGCCAUUAAGACACCAUCGGAAUCUGGACGAAAAGUUCUGUCAUAUUAAGCCUCAUUUCAUUAAAAACGUUUGUAUGAAGAAUUAAAACAUUACUGUAAUAAGUUUGAAUGUGAUUUUUUUUCUAUCAUGUCGUGGAAGCGUCAUGGUGUAGCGGUUCUGACUCUCGCCUUGUAAUCAGAGGGUCGUGUGUUCGAAUCCCACCAUGGCCUAGCGUCCUUUGGCAAGGCGUUAAUCCACACUUUGCCACUCUCCACCCAGGUGUUAAAUGGGUACCUGGUAGGAUGUUAAAACCUAUAUGUAGUAUGCCUAGCAAUUGAGUCUUGGAACUCUUGUUGGAAUGCUCCCCAGGGAGAGGAGAAGGUGCAUACAUUGUAUGCGGGCAUGCAAGGAUCCGAUGACCGGGGUAAUAAUAUGUCUGUAAAGGGCUUAGAGACGUCGUUCCGAUGUAUUAAGCGCUAUAUAAAUGCAGAAUAUUAUUAUCAUGUAAUGUAUAGAGAAAGUAAAGAAAGUAAUCAUUGUACCCUCUGAAUUGUUACUAUUGAAGCAGUUUCUGGUUAGACAAUUGAGUGUUACUUUGUACCUGACUGUAUUCUGAAGUUUGAUCAAGUUCACAGAAUUUGUAUUUAAAAAAACCCUGAAUGGGCAACCACAAGUAACAGAACUAAUCAGCCGAUCAGCAAUGAACAUACACAGAUAAAUAGUACUAUAUACAUGAAACAUUUUGAUUCUGGGUGCCUCUGUUCCUUGCAACAUACUGUACCAGCAAACAGUUAAAAAAAUCGUAUUAAAAGAAUCAGUUAAAUGCAAAUCCAGUAGGGGUCUCCAAAAAUGGAGAAUCUCCAUUAUAAUGAAUAUAUUUUCAGAAUCAAGAUUUCUUCGGUAAUUACCUUGCAUGGUGAAAUACAUGUAAUAGCAAUAACAAUCUAAAUUAUUCUUGUUUCGCAGUUGCUGCUGAUCAAGUUAUAGUUUUAAACUUAAAAAAUGGCCGAUCAGAAGUUGUGAAUUUUAGUUUUAAACAUGAUUGAGUUUGUAGGUAUCACCUUAUUUCAGCAGAAUGAACAAUUGAGAACAGAGCAAUAUUCUAGGAAUGACCAACUGGAUUUCAUUCAGCUACCUAUACAGUAUCUAAAAUCCCACAACUGUUGAUUUUGUUUUCUGAACCUACAUGUAUUCUUUGUAUUCGAGUGAAUCAAAGAAAGUCAGCUGCGAGUGGUGUUUUGUAUACUUGUAUGUGGUGCAUUGAAACCCAAGGUAAUGUUGACAAGAGACAGAUGAAUGUCAGAAUUUAGAAUAUAGAGAGUGUAAAUAAUACAUUGUCUUUAAUUGAGUGAGAUUUAUUGGUACACAAGUGAUAUACAUGUAUGUUAUGAAAUGAAUGUUCAGAUUGAUUGCAUAAUAAUUAUUUACUUUAAUCCACGUCAAUGUGAUUAUAUGAUUACAUUCUGUGUGAUCUGCAAUGGUGUUAAUCUAAAGGGAUGUUGCAAGAAAAUAUUUGCAAUCAAUCACAAAUAUUAUGUUGCAAUUUUACAAUUGAUAGAUCAAUUGUAGCUGUAGCAAAUCAGAUUACACUCCUUGUUUUUAAGGAGCAGAUUAGCAAUCAAUCAUGAAUUUACAAUUAAUUGCAAGACAUAUUGAUUUAAGGACUGAAAAUAGACUAUUGAUCACAUUUUUCUUGCAAUGCCCCAUCAGAAUGUUGAAUGUUAUUUUCAUUUCAUUAAUUCAGAAACUGAUGACACCUCCAGAAUUUUUCUUUGACUUCUGUUUUAUUUUUCUGGUUUCAUCAUGGAAAAAUACCCAGUCUUUUUUUAAAUAUCCUCCAGAAAGACGAAUAUAAAUGACAAAUCAUUUUUGUCUCGCCUGCAUAGCAGAGUGAGACUUUAGGUGCUGCUUUUCUGAUGGCAGUGGCAACUGUGGCGGCAUUAACAUCAAAUCUUUAACCAAGGUUUUAUUUUUUAAAUGUCAUCACAAGUUAGAAAGUAUUUGGACAUAGGGUAAUCAAGUAUCACUGGACAUAUUGCUCAAGUGUCAGGUCACAUGACCAAGGUCAACAGUCAUUUAGGGUACAAAAAACUCAACAUUGAAAUCUUAACCAAGAUUAAAAUUUUGAAAUGUUGGGCUUCAUUACUUUCUUCAAAGUUAGAACAUUGAUUUUGCCCUUUACUCUCAAUGCUGAAUCAAUUGACAUUCUCUUAUAUGUAAAUGUACAUGCUCUCUUCAUUUGUAGAAAACAUAAUGUUAUGCAUAAUGUGAACUUGAAUUGUAACCUCCUUCAUCAGGGGCAGAUCCAGCUUUCACCAAUUAUAGUGUUGACUGGAAAUAUUUCUUAUGUCUCGCCUUCAAAGCUGAGUGAGAGGCGCCGCUUUUCCGACAGCGACGGCGUCAACAUUGAAAUCUUAUCCGAACGUUAAGUUUUUGAAAUGUCAUCAUAACUUAGAAAAUAUAUGGACCUAGUUCAUUAAAAUUUUACAUAAGGAUUACCUAGUAUUACUGAACAUUCUACCAGGUCAUUUAGGGUCAAUGAAUGAACUUUGGCCAUGUUGGGGGUAUUUGUUGAUUAGCGAUCCUAACUUUGAAAAUUAAUUGAUCUAGUUCAUGAAACCUGGACAUAAGGGUAAUCAACUAUUACCAAACAUCCUGCCUGAGUUUCGUGUCACAUGACCGAGAUCAAAGGUCAAAUUGUUAAUUGACAUCAUAACUUCAUGAAAUGUGGACAUGUAGGGGUAAUCAAGUAUCACUGAUAAUCUUGCACAGGUCUUAGGUCACAUGAUCAAGGUCAAAUGUCAUUUAGGGUCAGUAAAAUUAGUAUUAUGUUAUUAUAUGAAUGGUGUUUUUUUUUUUAAUAAUUAUUUGAUAGUUGUUUCCAUAGUCAUCACUGCUACUGUAUUGAAUCGCAUAAUGCAGGCGAGGCUGCCAGAGACGCUCCACUUGUUUAUCACUGCUGCUAUAUUUUGUAAUGCAAGCAAAACUGCCAGAGGUGUUCAUUGGAGUAUUGUUACUGAAAUUCAUUGCUACUGUGCAUUUUCACUGAAAAUGGGCUGAAGCAUAUUUUCAGUUUCAUAGUAUCAUAAUUUUAUUUCAUUUGAAGCCAUUUCUUGUCAGUCAGCAUUUUCGCCUGUAUAUCGAGGUCAAGGAUAAGGUAUCUUACUAUCAUUUGAAUCAAUUUAAAUUGAUUUUCUUACUUAGUUCAGGCACUUCAGGGUCAUGAUGGAAAAUAAAAAAGAAAGAAAAUAACAAAUUUAAAACUAUGAAAUUAAGAGAAGUAAAAUGAUUGACAGGAGCUCAGGAUAAUUUUGUGUUCACCUCAGGACAUUUGUUAGGUAGUCCUUAGGGGUCUUUGAUGUGUCUUUUGUUUUAGUAUUCAUUGCUUUCCUGCUUGGGUUAGUGGGGUUAAUCAAUUGUUUUUGUAGUUGAAAUGAAUAUUUCCCAUUUAAUUUUUUUUUCAAAAUUUCAAUAGUUUAGUGCAUGUAUAUAAUGGUUCUAUUUGUAUAUUUUCCUAUAAAUCUAACGUUUAGUGAUUGUUUGAUAUUUGUUAUGUAUUUUAUAAUCUGUUAAUCCAGUGAUAUUUUGGUGGUUUUGUUUCUUCAUUAGCUAAUCGGGAAUUAUAUAAAAAAGUACAUGUAUCUUUAAAUUAGUUUGAAAUUAUGUCACACUUCAAACGUCUCAGGACUAUUAAAAAAAAAUGUGAUUGAGGUAAUUUUGUUGUUAUGGCAGCAUGACAAGCUAUCAUUGGAAUCUUGGUAUUUAUUGGCUGUGGAGCCCUGUUAUCAUGGUAGUUUUGAUAGCAAAAGUUUCCAUAAUCGUCAGUUCUUUAUGAAAGGGACCUACAUUUGUGUAACAUUGCAUGUGUACAAUCAUUACUUUACCUGUUUUACAUGAUUACUCUUAUGAACUGUUGAUUGGCAUAACUAAUAUUUUUCACAGAUUACAAAACAAUUUCUGCCAGCCCUCUCUCAGCUCCAUGUAUCCCUCUGAGUAGAUUGUGAUGCCUACUUGCUAAUGUUUCAUGGAAUGGCUUGAGAAGCCAACCAUCAUUAACAUUUUUUAGACAGGUUGGGCAGACAAAAUUUCAUUUUAAGUCAAUAACGCUUAACUGUGGAAAUUUCUCCAUGUAUAUUGCAAUGCAUGUGUGUAAUACCCCUUUCAUAAACCCAAUAAAACAUAUCCUCCAAUUAGCCGCCUAAGAGUAAUGCGGAUAAUUCAAUAAAAAUUGCGUUCACAAACUCCAUAAAUUAUUUUUACGAGCGCCCGUCCUGAAAAAGGCGGAUAAUCGUCAUGACAACUGGACACGCCCCCUCCAAUGCGGUUGUGUUGGAAAAGGGUGACCUUGUGACCGCACCAUGGCAAUUAUCCGCAUUAUUUGGAAAUACGUUCAUAAACUCAAAAUCUUGUCCCGAUGCCGCUAUUAUGCGGAUAAUAGCAGCAUCAGAAUAAUGCGGAUAACUCUUGUCCUCCUCUGAUUUUACGACCAAAUUAUGCUGCUAUUAGCCGCAUAAUUGUGUUUUAUUGGGUUUAUGAAAGGGGUAUGAGAGUAAUACUUGAUAUACAUGCUUAUGAAGAUUGUGUAACAUGAUAUUUUGUAGAAAAAAUAAACAGACAUAUAAGCCUAA